CUCAAAAAAAAAAAAAACCCAACAAAAACAGUGGGGCACAUUGAUGGCUAUUCAAGGCAGAGAGCGACACAUACAACCCCCAAGAGAUGGCCCUGGGGAGGGCUAUGUUGUAUUACGUUGUUGAGAUUGUAUUAUCCAGGUGAGAGAUGCUGGCAGCUGGGCAGUGCCAGUGGGGAUGAAAAUGUGAGAUGGAUUUGAGAAAUAGGAAUAAUCUCUCAGAUUAUUUCUUGGCGUCACUUACUUAAAACGUUUCUUUCAAAUGUGGAUGUACACAUCCCUCCCUUUAGGAUACCUGGGACAAUGUGUCACCUAGACAUAGGGGAUGGAACAAAUUGGACAGUCUGUCAAUGCCCUUUGCCAUCUUUUCCCUUGAUGUUAUGUCAAAUGCCCCACAAUUCUCUUAAAACAGAGGACAUAAAUGAGUCAUUGCUUCAUUCAACUGACGUUUGUUGAGUGCUUGUUAUGAAUGUGGCAUCAUUCUAGGUCUUGUGAGGGUAUUCAUUUUUUAAAAAAACAAAAGUAAUGCAAGAUUACUGAUGAAAAUGUGGAAUAUGAGAAAAGCAUAAAGAAGGAAAGAUGUAUCUUUAAGUACACCACCCACUAUUAACAUUUUGAUCUAGUAUUUCUAAUGUGUUCUCCAUUUUCAUAUAUAUGUAUACAUUUAUAUGCAAUAUAGAUAUCAAAAUAUAUAUAUAAUUGUCUGCCAUUAAAAUUUUUAUUGUACAAUAAUCAUGCAUUGUAAAUCAGUGAAUAAAAUGUAUAUGGUCAGUAUAGAGACUAACAAAAUAUGCAUUCAAUCACCAGCCAGGUUAGGAAGAAAUACUAUUACUUCUCCCCCUGCAGCUCCCUACCUCCCUCCCUCCCCUUACGUAGCCAAAUCCAGAAAAGACCUGUUUUCCUAACCUUGUUCGCCUGUUUUAUUAUUUAAACUGCAGCAGGAGGGAAACAUGCCUAUUUUAUCCAAUUUCACACGGACGCUGGAAGGCGUCUUCCAAAGGAUUUUUAUUACUUAUAUGGACGACUGGCGCAGGAACAUGACAGCUGAGCAAGAGGCCCUCCAAGCCAAAGUGGAUGCUGAGAACUUCAACUACGUCAUCUUGUACCUCAUGGUGAUGAUCGGAAUGUUCUCUUUCAUCAUCGUGGCCAUCCUGGUGAGCACCGUGAAGUCCAAGAGACAGGAACACUCCAACGACCCCUACCACCAGUACAUCGUAGAGGACUGGCAGGAAAAGUACAAGAGCCAAAUCUUGAAUCUAGAAGAAUCAAAGGCCACCAUCCAUGAGAAUAUUGGUGCAGCCGGGUUCCAAAUGUCCCCCUGAUAAGGGAGAAAGGUACCAGGCCAACACCUGACAUCCAGACAUGAGAUGCCAGUGCCACCAGGCAAAUCCAAAUCGUCAUUGCUUAGAAGAAAGUGAGUUCCUGACUCUCUGUUGAGAAUUUUCAUGGAGAUUAUGUGGUUGGCCAAUGAAGAUAGAUGACAUUUCAGUCUCAGUGAUUUAUGCUUGCUUGUUGGAGCAGCAUUUUGUGCUGAAGACCUCUUUUACUUUCUGGGCAACUAAAUGUCAUUUUAAUCAAUUCAAUGGUAAAAAUAAAACCAAAUUUGAAGUAAAGUGUCUGGGCAGUGGCCGUGGGACAGAAAGGAGAGAUUUACAAAGCACUGAAUCUUCUUUCUCAUGAAACAUCAUUUGUGUGUGACAAAUUCCAUUUAUAAAUAACCCAGAUAUAUUAUGUAGAAGCUGAGGUUCAAAAGCUACCACUUACAUAUGAGAUUGACAUAGGGUCAUUUAUCUAUAAUAUUAAUUUAUGAGUGUUGAGUCUCAAGAGAUGAAUAAAUGAACCAUAAGGUUACUUUA